CUUCCUGUGAAUGGCAUUCGCCAGUGGUCAAAUUGAGUAAACAAAAAUGUACAUUUGGUUGGUAACGUUACAACUAAUUUGUUGUUGCACGGUGUUAACAUGGCUUGAAUUAAAUACAUUUAAUGCAUUUUGGUUGAUUCAUCUUCCCCUGGAUUUCGACAAGUUGUAAAAUAAAGACGGCCAAGGAAAGAUCGCGCGGGGAUAAUUGCGGGCUGUGCGUGUGACAUCACACAUAUCCAUUACUAGCUCCUCUCAGCAUUGCUCGGGUUUGUAUUUAGGGGGAUGGGGCCGUGCAGAGGAUGAUAGAGCUCUCAUGGUGUUGAACUUUACUUCUUGGCUAAAUCCUUCCACUUCCUAACCGAGCCACCCACAUUGUUUUAUAUAUAGUACCCAUUCACGUAUGUAUUUUGGCGACGUUUGACCGGAGAAAAGUGGAGUAUCCGUACGACCACGGUGCACGCUGAGAAACUACAAAAUGUAUUCCAGUGGAGCUGCUGGAGCUGCUGAGAUGCUUGAACCACCUCACUCCUCGGGGUCAAUUGGCUCUGACCCCUCUGAUCCAGAUCCCCCGUCUCCCCCAGUGCCAGAGUAUGUGUUCAAACCCCCCUCACGGCCAGACUUUGGCACCAUGGGCAGGACAAUCAAACUGCAGGCCAACUUCUUUGAGAUGGAGAUCCCCAAACUGGAGGUCUACCACUACGACAUCGACAUCAAGCCAGAGAAAUGCCCCAGAAGGGUCAACCGUGAAAUUGUGGAGCACAUGGUACAGCACUUUAAAACACAGAUCUUUGGGGAUCGAAAGCCAGUGUAUGAUGGGAGGAAGAAUCUCUACACAGCCAUGCCCUUACCUAUAGGGAGGGAAAAAGUGGAGCUGGAGGUGACCAUCCCAGGCGAGGGGAAAGACCGGAACUUCAAAGUGGCCAUAAAGUGGGUGUCCUGCGUCAGUCUGCAAGCUCUUCAAGAAGCCCUGUCUGGACGACUGCCAAACAUCCCCUUUGAGACCAUCCAGGCCCUGGAUGUGGUCAUGAGACAUUUGCCCUCUAUGAGGUACACCCCAGUCGGACGUUCUUUCUUCACCCCUUCAGAGGGAUGCUCCAACCCCCUGGGCGGGGGCAGGGAGGUCUGGUUUGGGUUCCACCAAUCGGUUAGGCCUUCCCUGUGGAAGAUGAUGCUAAACAUUGACGUGUCGGCCACUGCCUUCUACAAGGCCCAGCCUGUGAUUGAGUUCAUGUGUGAGGUUUUGGAUUUCAAAAGUAUCGAAGAACAACAGAAACCCUUAACCGACUCCCAGAGAGUAAAGUUUACCAAGGAAAUCAAAGGUAAUCAUUCAUUACCAGGUUUGAAGGUUGAGAUCACUCACUGUGGUCAGAUGAAAAGGAAGUACAGAGUAUGUAAUGUGACGAGAAGACCAGCCAGCCACCAGACGUUUCCACUGCAGCAGGAGAAUGGCCAGACCAUAGAAUGCACAGUAGCGCAGUACUUCAAAGACAAGUACAAACUCAUACUCCGCUACCCCCACCUCCCCUGUCUACAGGUCGGACAGGAGCAGAAACACACCUACCUCCCCCUCGAGGUCUGUAACAUAGUGGCUGGCCAGCGGUGCAUCAAGAAGCUGACUGACAAUCAAACGUCCACUAUGAUCCGUGCCACAGCCCGAUCGGCACCCGACCGCCAGGAAGAGAUCAGCAAACUGAUGAGAAGUGCCAACUUUAACAAUGAUCCUUACGUGCGUGAGUUUGGGGUGAUGGUGAGGGAUGAGAUGACUGAGGUGAACGGCCGAGUCCUCCAGGCCCCAUCCAUCCUCUAUGGAGGGCGGCAGAAUAAAGCAAUAGCAACUCCCAUCCAGGGAGUGUGGGACAUGAGGAACAAGCAGUUCCACACUGGCAUAGAGAUCAAGGUGUGGGCCAUCGCCUGCUUCGCCCCACAGAGACAGUGUACUGAACUCCUGCUCAAGGCGUUCACAGACCAGCUGCGUAAGAUCUCUCGUGACGCGGGGAUGCCCAUCCAGGGCCAACCCUGUUUCUGUAAAUACGCUCAGGGGGCGGACAGCGUGGAGCCCAUGUUCAAACACCUGAAGUACACCUACCAGGGCCUGCAGCUGGUGGUGGUCAUCCUGCCUGGGAAGACGCCCGUCUAUGCUGAGGUGAAGCGCGUUGGUGACACGGUGCUGGGCAUGGCCACCCAGUGUGUCCAGGUAAAGAAUGUUCAGAAGACCACUCCCCAGACCCUCUCUAACCUCUGCCUGAAGAUCAACGUCAAGCUGGGCGGGGUCAACAACAUCCUCCUCCCACAGGGCAGGCCCCUGGUGUUCCAGCAGCCAGUCAUCUUCCUGGGUGCUGACGUCACUCACCCUCCUGCUGGAGAUGGGAAGAAACCCUCCAUCGCUGCAGUGGUGGGGAGCAUGGACGCCCACCCCAGCCGCUACUGUGCCACGGUGCGGGUGCAGCAGCAUCGCCAGGACAUCAUCCAGGACCUGGCCACAAUGGUCAGAGAGCUGCUCAUCCAGUUCUACAAGUCCACCCGCUUCAAGCCCACCCGGAUCAUCUACUACCGCGACGGCAUAUCUGAGGGCCAGUUCAACCAGGUUAGACUUGAGGUGCUCCAACAUGAGUUACUGGCAAUCCGUGAGGCCUGCAUCAAACUGGAGAAAGACUACCAGCCCGGGAUCACCUUCGUGGUGGUGCAGAAGAGACACCACACUCGACUGUUCUGCAUGGACAGAAACGAGAGGGUUGGUAAGAGUGGCAACAUCCCUGCAGGCACCACAGUGGACACCAAAAUCACUCACCCAUCGGAGUUUGACUUCUACCUGUGUAGCCACGCUGGCAUUCAGGGUACUAGCCGACCAUCCCACUACCAUGUGCUGUGGGAUGACAACCAUUUCACCUCGGACGAGCUGCAGGUGCUCACCUACCAGCUGUGCCACACCUAUGUGCGCUGCACCCGCUCCGUGUCCAUCCCAGCACCAGCCUACUACGCCCACCUGGUGGCAUUCCGAGCCCGUUACCACCUGGUGGAUAAGGAGCAUGACAGUGCGGAGGGCAGUCACACGUCGGGACAGAGCAAUGGGCGUGACCAGCAGGCUUUGGCCAAGGCAGUUCAGAUCCACCAGGACACACUGCGCACUAUGUACUUCGCCUGAAGCACCUGGGGCGGGCAUUGGUGAGACAGACCCAACAGGGAAGAAGCCUUCUCUCCUCCCACCUAACCCCCUUACUGUAUCAGGUGUGGGCGUUAAGUGGGUUUGUCGUCUCGUCUCUCCCCGCCAGUAAGGUGGAAUGAUACCAAACAAAUUAGGGAUGGUUUCUUUUCCAAAAUGUCCACAAUUAUUUUCAAACAUGCAUACAAAACCGCUUUCCCCCCCUUCCUGGCCUAACCCUGGUCAUUAUUCGGUAGUACUAUGUAAAAUGAUUCCUCAGAAAUGGGUUGUGGUGGAGUGGACUCCUUUAUUUUACAUGUUGUACAUUUGUUUGUAUUUGUAAAUGUGGGGGGAGAUACAUUUGUAUUACUUUUCUUUACACUGACAGUUGGAAAUACUUCUAUCAAACUAAGGGGCAGUAUCAUCACACUUUGGUGUUUAGACACUAUCCAGUUUUCUGAAGGGGUCCCCAGGGUUGAAAGGAGGUGGGGAUAUUGAAAACGAGAACGGUCCGAUAGGUUUAUAAUCAUUCUUACUCUUCACAACUUUAUUUAUCAGCCAAUCAAAGCAAAGUGCACUGACCAGGACUUAAGUACACAAGUACUUAACAUGUUGUCUUUUCAUUUGUAUGUACUAUGAAUUUAACAGGCUUGGAUACAGUACCAGCCUCAGAGUAUUUGUCCUCCAACACUGGUGACCAACACAUUUUUAUGCUGCAUCUGAUGACCGCUAAGCAAGUAAUUUUUGUAUUAGAUUUUCAUUAGACUUUGAAACUGUUAACACUUACUUUUUAUCAAGACUUAUACAAAUUAAUAAUAUGAAAUUGUAACAACAGCAAUUUUUGCUGUCUUGCCUUUUACUUGGACUGGGUUGUUUUGUCAAUCUAUGGCCAGUGGCCAGCGAAUAUAUUUACUAAUAGAAUGGGACUGGUUCCCAACAGACACCCUUUGUGUUCUCUGAGCCACAUUACAUGUGAAGACAUCUACAUUGGGGGGGGGGUCAAGUCUCUUGAAAUGAAAUCUGUUGUCUUGUUUUAGUGUCCCCCUUAUUUUCAUGUAAUCUAUUAUUUUACAAAUGUGUGCAUAGAUGACUUACACAUUGGAUCUAGGUAUUUGGAUAUGUUAACCCUAUCUAGUUUUCUUUAUGGUUUUAUGGCAGUGACAUGGUUUUCUCCCUACUGGGGGGGUAGUUGUACUGCUGUCGUUGAUGUAUGAAUCGGUAGAGUAAAGCCUGUGAUGUCAGUGUCACGUGUAGGAACUGGACUGAAGAUGAGGUGGCGUUCUAUUGGGGGAGAAAGGAUUCUAGACUGCUAGAUAUUUUCUGUUAUUCCUCUGUAAAAAAGGGAGCAAUUAUGCUAUUCUACUAGUCAAGCAAAUUCUUUUUUUUUUUUUUUAUGCAAGUAGUUUAAUUGUUGGCUUUGUAUCAUAGCCUCAUGGGAUAUAGGGUAUAUUUUGAAUACGCUUUUAGAAGAGAAUGCUAAAAUGAUAGAAGGAAUUUUUCAAAACGAUUGUCCGGUAUGUAGUUAUAAAGAACAAAAAAAAUUCAAUAUAAGUUUAUGCAGAGCUUGCAUGCAGAAAUUGUAAUGCCUUCCAUAACGUUUUUUUAUUCCCUUUUCUGUUCUCCUUAGUAAUGACAUUUUAGCAGGGGUUUUUCAUAUAGCCUAGAUUGGCUGGCUUUUAUCUCGCUCUUUUCUAACUAUGCAUUGUUUUUAACCAAGAGAUUUUAGCAGUGACCUUUCCCAAAAAUGAAUAUUAGGACAUUUGUAGAGUAGUAGUUUUUUUGUUGCUUGGUGCGUUUUAAUAGCGUUUGUAGUGCUUCUUCCCUAGACCUUUGUAAUGUUAUGGGGGGUUGUGUUGUCGUCAUUUGUAUUGUACAGCACACAAGAAAUCGGUAUAUAGUUUGUAGAACACACAUCACUCUUCUUAGCCAAACAAGAUUACACAUUUUAUACAAAAUUCAUGUCCUAAAGAAACUGAAGCACAAGAGACCAUUUUUAAUUCCAGGUGCUCGACUUUCUCUUUCACUAAUGUCACCUUAAAUCUCAAUGGACUUGUCGAAGAUGCUCUUCACUUACCAUAAGUAUGGUAAUAGACGUUGAAGUGGUUUUGAAUGCCUUUUAUUUUUUCUCUACCUUAAUUACAUUCAUUUCUCAUUACCUUCAAAGUCAUCCGAAGUCCGACUGACUGUGGAGCAUUCUUAGAAAUCAAGUACUUGAUAUUUACUUGUUUUUUUGUUUUCUUUGCUGGUCUCGUGAUUUGUACAUUUGGAUGCACUUUUGAUAGUAGUGAACAUAAAUUUCCUUUGAUUGGUCGAGCCAAGCAGGAAACCCGGACAUACAUUAUGUGCAGUUGUGUUGAAAUGACUGUGUGUUCUACCUCUUGUUACCUGUUCUAGUGUUAUGGUAACGUCACACUGGUCAUUUCUUCAUAAUUACACAGGAUAUUAUAUCUGAUGGGCAUCGUUUGAAUCUUAUGUUGUCCUGUGUUUAAACCGUUGUCAUGUAUGACAGUCAGUGAACCUGCGUUCUGUAUUCAUAGUUUCAUAGUUCUUGUGUGGGAUCUUAAAGCUUGUUCAAGAUGUUUCCAAAACAAACAAAAAGUGAGAGCAAAUGAUUUGAUCGUAACAAGCUUAUUAUUUUAAUUGUUUUAUGCGCCAAUGCAUUCAUUUUUAGCACCUCAUUGCAUAUCUUUGGAGAUAGAUGGUGUUGCCUAACAGACUGCUUUGUAAGCAACAUGUUGGUAAAGCCAAGGCUAAUAACAAUUUAGCUGCUUACCCACAAUUUGAUGAUUUAGUAUUUUCUUUUAAGCUAUUUGCUUAAUACUUUUGAAUAUGCAACAUGUACUGCUCUGCUCCCAUAGAUACACAUGGGGUAUGUAGAAAGCCAUCUCCCAUGUUGCUUUAAUUGGGUUCAUUGAAUGCAGUGAUUGAAUGAAAUGUUGUUUUUGGAAUGCGUCGUCUUAGCUCCCCUCAUUGUCUCACAUUUGAUUCAUGUUUGCUACAGUCAACCCGACAGAUGGCAGGUUUUAGUUAAUACAGUUCAAGUAGACAUGAUUGAUAACAUGAGUUGUUGCUGUGGAAACUGAUCAAGCAUGACUUGUUGUAGGGUGCACUGGUCAAAACAGCAUGUUUGCUCCGUUGAAUUGUGAACAUUCUCCUUUCAAUAUGGCUGAAGUUCAACUUUUCAUACUACCGUUUUUCAUCCGUUUUCCCUACCUGAAGUCUGCCUCACCUUUUGUUCAUCCUAAACUUGUUUCUUGGGAGAUGUGGUCUUGUUACUGCUUAUUUGUGUUUUAAGUUACUUAUUUAUACACAGCACCUUGGAUUAUACCAGACCUGUACAGCAUUGCUUUUCCUGAAAAUAUCCGAAACAUUUGAUAAUGUUAUUUUGCACUAAAAUAAAAACCCUUUUGGAGCUGUAGUCUAGUCACUAGUUUAUUGUCUGAGAGAAAAUGACACCAGAUCAGCUGGUUAUAUAAUGCAUCGUGAGUCAAUACCAGGCUAGUUUGUCUGACACCAUACCAAGUCGUUGCAUUGACAACUGGUCCCAGAUUACACAUCAAAUUGUAUUGGUCACAUACACGUGUUUAGCAGAUGGUGUAGCGAAAUGCUUGUUUCUAGCUCCAACAGUGCAGUAAUAUCUAACCAUUUCCCAACGUAUUCACACAUCUAACUAAGGAAUGGGAUUAAGAAUGUAUACAUAAACGGACGAGCAAUGUCAGCGGCAUAGACUAAGAUACAGUAUAUACAUGUGAGAUGAGUAAUGCAACAUAUGUAAACAUUAAAGUGGCCAGUGAUUUCAAGUCUGUGUAUAUAGGCAGCAACCUCUGUGCUAGUGAUGGCACACGUGCACUAAGCCAGACAUUCAGAUGGUUACACCUAGGCCUGUUUGUCGAGAGGGUUUCUCCCAGCCAGCAUACAGUGGGGAUUCACUGAAAAUAAUGCCUUUUUAACGUCUUCGUCAGAUAAAUAACUGCCACUGGGUUGUGAUUGAAUCUCCUCCCAGAAGAGGGUGCUAUUCAUCAUUUAUUCUAUUAGUUUUGAGCUUUUGUAUUUCUAUGGCCAUGAAAAAGUAGAGGAAAAACCAUAUGCAAAACAAUAGUUGAAACUGACAUUUAUCUUCCCAUGUAUUAGGAUGAUAGGUAGACGUCUGGUAGUUGUGAACAUUCUGAUUGUAUCUCUUACUGGUUGUGUAAAUGUGUAGCUAUAGUCUGAUGCCAAAGUAGUGUGUGGAAAAAGGGUCCAGCAAGUUGAUGGUUAAAUGUGUAUCACCUGCAUUGUUGUGGUCGCCAGAAUUAGAGAAGUCACAGGCAUCAAAGAAUGUGGAAGAAUUAGUAUCAUAUCCGUAUGUAGGCGUUGACUGCACACCUUUUUUUGAUCAGAGAAUACUUAGUUAUAUUUAAGCAAUAAGGUACGAGGGGGGUGUGGUAUAUGGCCAAUAUACCACAGCUAAGGGCUGUUCUUAGACACAGCUCUUAGCCAUGGUAUAUUGGCCGAGGUGCCUUAUUGCUAUUAUAAACUGGUUAUCAAGGGGCGGCAGGUAGCCUAGUGGUUAGAGCGUUGGGCCAGUAGCUGAAAGGUUGCUGGAUCGAAUCCCCGAGCUGACAAGGACGUCAUUGUAAAUAAGAAUUUGUUCUUAACUGACUUGCCUAGUUAAAGGUUACAUUUAAAACCAAUGUAAUUAGAGCAGUAAAAAUAAAUUGUUGGCAUACCCAUGGUAUACGGUCUGAUAUUCCACGGCUGUCAGCCAAUCAGCAUUCAGGGCUGGAACCACCCAGUUUAUAAAACGAUUUAGUCUUUGUCAGCCAAAUCAGGAAUGUACGCAAGUGAGAUACAGUUGCCAUAGGGAAGUCAUCCAUAAAUGGUAUGUGUAUUUGGUCUUGUACAAAAUAACAUUAAAAUCAUGCACAGGCUAUCUCAAGUUAGUAGUUAUUGCAUGAAAUCAAGACUUACAUAUGCAUCGUGGGCUCAGGCCACGAUUAGCGCUUUUCUGGGGGAAAAGACACAGUGAAUAAGAAGUAUGUUGAUGGGGGUGUUUUCUUGUAUUAGAAGGCAUAUCAUGUUAAAAGAUAAUUGGAACAGUAGCUUUACAUUCUAGGAAAAGGUGCUCUUCAUAUAAGGCUGAGGGUACAAGUCCUAUCAGACGGUCUUUGUAUUAUCAAUAUUUUUUAUUAAAUCGAUGUCAAGGAGUUGAGCAUUUGAUUUUGUGCUGUCAGUGAGUAUUUGUGGAAAACAAAUAUCGAUAACUAAAGGUUAUGAAUAAUAAUAGUCUGUCUUAUACAUAAAAUGACAAUAGAUCCAAUAUUUAUCUUUAUCAUGCUUAUUUGAGUCGUUGGAAUGCGUUUGCAUGACAUUUUCAAAGGUAUUUGAGAUGGUUUAGCUUCUCCAUUGCUUAGCUUUACCCUGUAGUAGUUUUUGCUUGUAUAGCUUUGAUUUGGGCAGAACAUUGUCUAGAUGGGCUGAGAGUAGUAGUAGUAGUAGUAGUAGUAGUAGAGGUUGGAUUUUCUAUCUUAUCCAGCUAAGGUAAUGGCUCUGGUAUUACAGAGGAAAGUGAAAGCAAACAACGUAAAUUACAAAGCGGGUGCUAUCUGUGUUCAAACUAUUUUAUACUGUGGGCAAACAAAAAAUAUAAAAUCGGAUGUGUGUACAGAAAGGCCGCUCUCCUUUAUCCAUCUUCCCUUGAAGGUCUACAUUUGAAAUAACAUCCCUGUUUAGUAGAGUAACUUAUUUUCUUAACUCAAAUGUAACAAUGAAUGUACUUAAGGCCAGUGUAUUUUGUAAUAAUAAGUUGUAUCCACCUGUAAUAUAUGCUUGUAUCAUAACUUUUGUUUUUUAUGCAUGCUCAUUAGCUUCAGUCCACAAACCUUAAACUGAUUGGCUCCUGAAACUGGGAUAAAGUCAAACUUCAGUCUUUGUUUUCCUAAGUUCUUUAGAACAGGCUAACAUCACCUAUUGUCAAAUAAUUAAUUCCCCUUUAGUCAUCACAUUGAAUAGACAUAAGAAACUGAUUAUAGUCUCAUACAUCUUGUUCAUCAGAAAGCAAAAUGUUAUGAUUUCUUAGUUAGCUUUCAAAUGUAUCACAGGAACAUUUAGACUUCUAUAAAAUGAAAACAUUUUUGCUACAUGAAGUGUUGCACUGGUGCAAAGAUGGGUCUGUUUGAACUUUUUUCCUUUGUUUGUGUGUGAGGUGUUGGUUUUUGGCUUAUGCUUGUCUUGGUUCUGAUAUUCCACUACAGUACACACUAGAUAGUUUUAUGGAAAAUGACUAAUGCUGUCUCAGGCAACUAAUCCAACAUCUAAUUUUGUGUUGACACCUUUCUUGGAAUGUCUGCGAAUGUCAAAGUUCUUAAGAUACUUAUGAUCUCUAACAUGACGCUGUCUCAGUGCCAUGGCUUCAGCAUGUCCUGCAAUGAUGAGCGUCCCAUAUCUCAGUCUUCUCUCCCCCUUGAGUAAACGGCAUGAUUGCUUUAUAGUGUUCUUUGGUUGAGCUGAUUCCAAGCACUAGGCCAGGAUUGUCGUCAUGCCAAGCUUGACCCGCUAUGAUCCACAGUGAUGCGAUCCUAUUUCAAAAGAGAACAGAGCCUUCAUAGCGCUUCACCAAACUAAUGCCAUAUAUGUGCAUUUAACAUGCAGGACUGACAUGGAUAUGUUAUCCUUCUGAAAGAAUUGAGGGCUUCAGAAUGACUUGGCUUUUUAUAUACCAACUUAGUAAACUACCUCAAAACGGUCUCGGGUGCUAGUGUUUAUCCCUAAUUUAUGACGAAGACAAAGAUCAAUUGUAGUGACCAAACAACAUAAGCCAAUACUGUGUAUUAGAUAGACAUUAUUUUACAACCCAGAAAUGUAUUACAGAUUAACUUUACAUACUAAAACAAAGUUCAAAGGACCAAAUUUUGUAAUUGCAGUUGAAGUCUCAAUGUUAUUAUAUAUGCAUGCUAGUCCUCUUUUAUUUUAAAAUGUAGUGAAAACAAAAAUAACCAAUGAACGCUUAGCUAGCAGAAACUGAGUUGGGAGUUGUUUGCGUAGCAAUAUAAACUGUAGUCAUGACUGGAUGAUAUAUUGACGUGCCAAUCGAAUGGCUAUUUAGAUGGAUGAAUAAUCACUUACUAGUCCUGCUAUACGUUUUUGGUAGCAUUAAAUAUUAACAAUGGGCUGCAGAUGGGGAGAAGCUUGUCAAUGGGAUGAUGUAUGCAGAGCAAUAACUACUGAAGUCCAAGCUAAGGUUGUGAUUUGCUUGACUAGGUGUAAUGCAAGUCUCACCUAGUGAGCUACAUGAACCCUGCCUUGUGAUCUAGAGUCGACUACAGCAGCCCUCAGACUCGGUGGCGUCUUUCAUUCAGCCUUUAAGAGAUGACAAGGAUGUGUGAAAAAUGGAAUGUACUUGUAGUUUAGCAAUCAAAUGGUCCACAGUUAAAGCUUACUAAGGGUCUGACACAAUCUGCAUCUUUAAGUGAUUUUUAUCCAGUACCGCAAUAAAACCGCCAAGGCUUUUAUUUCAUUUAUUACCAGUUUUAAUCUGUUCUUACACCCAGAAAAAGGAAAAUAACUAUCCAAACUAUUAAUUAUCCACAUUGGUAAUGUUUUAGAUGUAUUUGCAUGAUACAUUUUACGAAGUGAAUACAUUUGAACUACACUUUCCUCAAUGUUUUGUACAUUGUGACAUGAUAUACAGAUGUAGCCUACUGGAAUAUUUCAGUCACUUAAGAUAAUCUGAUAGCCCAAUGGAAAGGUACAAAAAAGGUAUGUAAAUGAAAUUCCAGUUGUGUCAUUGUCAUCUGAUCUGAAAACAUCACAUGUUUUUUAUGGUGUUGUGUGCCUUUUUUAGCGAUUUAUUUUCCACCUAUCCUAUUGGAGUUGCUCACCCAUAUUUGAUUUACAGCGCCACAUAACAUUUCCACAUUAUCAUGCAACCUUGAGUGAAGAAGCUGCAUAGAAUGAUCAGUAUUUGUGUUUUGCACUUUCAAAGCAGUUUAAAAAAAAUGCCCGCUAAAAAGCUGGGCAGACAGAAAAAUUAAUAAAACAAGGUAUUUUAUGCUAUCAAUAUGAAUAAUAUGACUGAAGAGCUUUUCUAAAAAGGUAAAGAUAUAUCUAUAUAUAUUCACAAAGUACCUCAUAAGCCUGACAAAUGCUGCAUUGAAUUUUCUCAUUUUUUAUUUUGUCUUCAUAUUGUCCAAUAAAAUGUAAAUAUCCCCUCUGGGAGGUUUGAUUGUCACAAGGCUGUGCAUAUGCCAUGCAAAACCAGUUCACUGUCAAACAUUUAAAUGGUAUUUUCUGAACCUGAAGCCAAAAUAAAUGGUUGUGUGAGAUUGUGUCAUGUAUGUACUUUCCUUAAAUACAUUUAUCAUUCUAAAUUGUAGCCACCUACUUUCCAUGUUUUGCUUGUUAGGAUGCUGUGAGUGUCCAAAGAUCCCAAAAAAUUGGUUUCUGUCACCUGAGGAAUUAAUUUCGUUUUCCAUCAACAAAACUAUGGCGACUCCAAAAUGUUCAACGUGACCGUUGACUCCGGUAUUGCCAUGAAAGGGCUGUAUCUGCAACUGUUUGUCCUCCCUAUCUUAUUCUCCCACACCUUUGUCUUAAGAUGGCCUUAGAACUUCAAAUGGGGUACCUUCUAGUAUAUUUGGCCUUAAAAGUACAAAAUUAUGCACUAGAAUCCACACCUUGAGAAACCAUGUCAUGCAUGCGCCAUUGCCACAUAUCUACCUCCUAUGAAUGUAAGUGUCCUGGAGAUGCAGUCACCUGAUUUUAAUUUGUUCUGUUACUCUUUUUAUUUUAUUUAUGACAAUCAUCCUUGAAUUAUCAAUUAAAUAUUUUUGAAAAGCCCUACAUUUCCUUAUGUCUUGACUUUUCACAGUAAACACUAUCCAGGACAUACCAUUUCUGUUUUAACCCGUCAUUGAUUUUUUUCUUUAAAUGUCAAUGUAAGCCAUUGAGGAGCAAAGUGACCAAAUACUCUUUGCAAAGGCAGUCCUGCACAGUACAGUGAACUCAAACCUCCCUCGCGUGUCAUUUAGAUUUAAAGUUUUCUCUAUUACCACAUGCCAAAACUGAAUUUGCUGUCAUAUCUAUCACGGAGAGAUCUUUUUGGUGCUGGUUUAUUUGUUCGAUCCACUGCUAAGCAGCUCCUCCUUGUUAUAGUUGUUGUAAAGUGUCAGUUUUGAUGUCUAUUACUUUUUUGUUAACAAUUAUGAUUACAAACGAGAGAUGCUGUAAAACCCUGAUAGAAAACAAUGUGAAUACGUUUCACUUAAUAUAGUUAACUCUGGCUUGACUGUAAAUUGCAUUAAUUCAUAAAAAUGUCAAGUUUCUUCAAA